CAAUCAAGACUACUUCGUUGCAAAUUGUACAUAGCUUAAGCGUAUUAUAAUCGUAAAUAAAGUAUUCGUAAACAGUUUCUAAUGUAACGUAAAGAUGUUUAGUAUUACUACAGUAUUGUACAUAAAAAUUGCGAAACUUCUAAAAUUAUUUUAAGUUUAUGCGCCUAAAAUUGCAUCUAGGCUACUCGUAGAAUUAAGUAAACAUCGAUUGGUCGAUUUUAGGGGUAGAAACAAUUGUUUGGGAGAUAUAAUUUAUAAUACUCUUCAGACUUCACUCGAGUUAUAUUUUUUUUUUAAAACGAACGUGUGUGCUUAUCGUUGCCCGGAGUGAUGAGCUGCUUUUUAUGGCUGACUCGUAGAAAAUCAUAGUAACGUCAAAUUCUUCCGAGCCGCGUGACAAUUGGCCCUAAAAUUCUGUAAAAUAUGUCAAAAUGAUAAAUGUCGCGAAUUUGUCAACCGAGAAGGCCAAGUUUCAGCGUGUCGAAUCGCUUAGCAAGUGCAGCGUUGGAGGUUUACCGCGAGCACGUGGUCUGGUUAAAAGUCUAAAAGAGUCGCAAUCGUCGGCAAACAUGCAGAAAAGUCGGAUUCCGACUACUGUAAAUCAUUCCCCUGUACCUGUUGCACCUCAGGUAACUCCAGAAAAUACACCAGGUGGACAACAAACGACGGGGAUUCGUCGAUUGCCGACAAGAAAUGCAGCUCCUCCAAAUGGUCAAUCCUCUGUUCCUAAAUCAAGAUCAUCUUCCAUAUCCGCGAACAAUGCGACCGGUCAGAAACGACUGCUUGAGAAUCAAUACGCAAUGAAGAAGAAGCGAUACACAAUGCUGAAGAAAGAACUCUCGGAGAAACACAAAAACGCUUUAGAACUGUACACCGACAUGGCGCAGCUUCGGGAAAAGGUGAUAGCCAGCGGAGCAAAGGAUCCAGGGAAAGUCGAGGAGAUUAAAUUGACGCCUGUUGGCCAACAAAGACACAUUUUGUUAGAGCCCGGUCCUCGUGAAGGGUUCAACGAGCGUCUGAUGGAGCAAAAUUCAACCCUGACCGAAGAGUUCAUCUCCGAGCUGAAGAGGAAACUCGAAGAGGUGCCGAAAGGAAGCGUCGAGUUGUGUCGAGAAGCUCUGGAAAAGCGAAGAGAGAUCGUGGAAUGGGCGACCAACGUUGGUCGCGAAAACCAGGAUCAGCUGAGUCCGGAGAUCAGGAAAAACCUGGAAGAGUACGAAGUGGAAGGUGAGACCCUGCAAACGCGGCUAGAAGAGACCUCGAAUAACCAGACGAUGCUGAUCGAGGACCUCGUGCACAUGUCCACGACCCUGUGGGAAGAGUGCGAGAAUAAUCGAAAACGCAUCAAGGAACUGGGGAACUCGGACGGGAAUCUCAUCUGCGAGCUGAAGGAGAAGCUGGAGGAAGCAUUGGAGGGUUUACACGAGGAAAGGGAGAAGGCAACUCUGAUGAAGGAACGUAAGAACUCCCUGGAGGCGCAGCUGCAGAAAACGAAGACCAAGGCUCGGGAGCUGGAGACUCAAGUCAGCAAUGAUGCUGGGAAGGUCCAGCAAUUGCAGGGGACCUUGAAGAUCAUGGAGACGCAGGUCAAGCAGAAGGAAUUGGCUUUGGAGCAAAGAGCGAAGGAGCUGCAGAAAGCUCUGAAGGAGAAGGAAGAGCUGGACAAGCAUUGCGACACGUUGGAAUCGCGCCUGGGCGAGCUGAAGAAGAAAAUCGGCAACAAGGAGACCGAGUCGAAGAGCACCAUCCAGGAGAUGACGCAAAAGGUGGAGGAGGUCAGCAACAAACUCAAAGAGGAGAAAGACAAGAGGCAGCAAGUCGAGGCAUCACUGGCUGACCUUCAGGAACGACAUGCGAAAUUAGAGGAAAAGAGCCAACAAUUGUGCGAACUGGCAGAGAAAUCCAAGAAUUACUCGGUGACAGAUGGGAACCACUCGGAGAACGAAAUCCGUAUGUUCAACGAGCUGCAGGAGGCACGCCUGAUGAUCCAAGAAAGAGAGGAGAGUCUGAUGCAGAUUAAACAGGAAAGGGACGAGAUCAUCGCAGCGAUGCAUCAAGCGGCCAAUCGGGACAACAAUGAAGCUGCACAGGGCAAACUCAUUGCAGACCUCGUCGCUAAAGUCGACGAAAACAAAUCGUUGAUCGUCACCGUGAAGAGUUUGCAGAAGAAGUAUGCCCAAUCGCAACAGCGAUGCGAUCAUCUGGAGCAAAAGCUGGCCAACUUGCAGAAUCGGUCGAGAAUUCUGUCGGAAGUAGGCGGGAAAACGUGGGCUGCAGAUUCCAGCGACUUGCAGCAGCAGAUCUUGGACCUCCGAAGCAAUCUGACCGAGCUGGCCCGCCGCAAUGAGGAGUUGGAGACAACUUUGACCCAAAAGCAACUUGAACUGGAACAGAGAGACCGGGUGAUGCGAGAGCAGAGCAAGGUCGUUAAGGUGCGAGAUGAGUUGAUAGGUCUCCUGAAAGGAAAGGAUCAUCGCAUGGACGGUGACACGGAAAGUCAUCGAGCAGCUGCAAAUGGGAGCAAUCGUGACAUGGAACAGGUGAACAAGCAAAUAGCUGUGAAAGCAGAGGAGCUGCAGGACCUGUACUCAACCCUGGAAAGCAAACAAAUACAAGUGAUGCGACUGGAGAAAGUGGUGAAACAAAUGGAGGAGCAGCAAGACCGAGCCCAAGCCCAACGCACUCGUCUGGAGAACCGGAUCGCCCAAUUGGAGCUAACUCUUCAAGAAAGGAGCAAAGAUCACCGGAGUAGAGGAUUCAGCUUCACGUAAGGAAUUUCCAAGUCGUCGUCCAGCUCUUAGCUCGUGUAAAUCGUCCCAGAAAAUUCAACCGAAGAGAGAUUUCCCUCGUUAAUUCCGUCUCUUCUACGCGAAAGUCACUUUUGGAACGCGUGUACCGCUUCCGAGUCCUUGUUUUUUUAAUGAUUUGUAUAACGACCGCAAGUGUAUCACUGACCGAUUCCACGGAUUACAGGAAUGCGUAAUCGUAAUGGCCAAGUGGACACUAUGUGGAUCUAUUUUAUACUUAUAGAUAUUUUUAUAAAUAUUCGUACGUCUUUUUAUUUAGUACAAAAUGUUACAAUAAAGGUGUAGACAGCC